AUGCGUGUUUUGUCCACUCUAGCCCUCCUUGCCCUAGCAGCAGACCGGCUCAUAGCCCUUGAAACAACAACAGAACUUUUCCACUUCUCUACCUCGGUGGCCAUCGAGAACACCGCUCUCCGGCCAGACGGCAGCCUUCUUCUCACCACCUUCGACCAAGGUCGUCUCUACACCCUUAACCCCUCCGUGCCCAAUCCUGAAGCGGAGCUCGUCGCAGCCCUCCCAGGUGCGACCGCCCUCUGCGGCAUUGCAGCGAUCGACGCCGACAAGUUUGCCGUCAUAGGUGGCGUUCAGGGUAACUACAGCUACACUAACGAAACCAUAUACACCGUGGAUUUCGGCGCCAACCCCACCAAUCCAACCAUUGAAGUAGUCUCUCGCAUCCCUAAUGCCAUUAUGCUGAAUGGUCUGGCCGCCCUACCAGCACAUCCGCACGUGGUCAUGGCUGGAGACGCACGGCUUGGAGCCGUAUUUCGCGUCGACACAGACACGGGAACUGCGGAGGUUGCCUUCAAAGACCCCUUGCUCACCGCACCCUCCAAUGCAUCCACUCCAAUUGGUGUAAACGGGCUGAAGAUUGCGGGCGGCUAUAUGUACUUCACCAACACCGCAAGGGAGAUCUUUGCCCGAGUACCUAUUGAUGGUUUUGGGCGAAAGACCGGUGAGAUCGAGGUGAUUGCGGCGCUCAGUGGCGCAGAGUUAUAUAACUGGGACGAUUUCGUGGUUCUGGACGAUUAUAACCUGGCGUAUCUGGCGCAGCCGGAUAAUGCCAUAGCCCAGGUUUCACCGAAUGGAGCGCAAAAUAUUAUCGUUGGAGGAGGAGAUGAUCAUACGACACUGGUAGGGCCGACAUCUGAAUGGAGCUGUGUAUGGUGGGCAGGUUGUUCGGGUUCAGCUAUAAGGAGAUGGAUAAGAUAG